AUGUCGUUCCGUGAUGCAGAUCUCCGCAGCGCUCCACGCAAGCGUCCCCAGGGUGAUGCCGCCGUAAUUCCGGUAGAGAGGGCACUGAAGCGUCGCUCUUCAGUGGCAAGUCCUGCUCGCAAGAGGGCGUGCCGACCUAUCACCACAGCACGCCCGGCUAUCUCAGAGCUGAAAAGCAUCGUCAUCAACUUGGAGCGACGACCCGACCGCAUGGAAGGAUGCGAGCAGCGCUUGCGCAAGCACUGCGCCAACCUGCCCUUCGAGCGCUUUGCAGCCACUGAUGGGCGGCAGGCCUCGAUCCCCCUGGAGGAAGUCGCCACUUCUUGGAAUACUGCUAGAAAUGUAUCCUUCCAGAAGCAGCGUGCCUUGAGGAAGGGCUGGAACGAUUUGGACACCUAUCAGGUGCGCACGUUGGAACUCAGCCCCGGGGAGCGGGGAUGCGCCUCUUCACACGUGCGAGCGUGGCAGGCUUGUCUAGAGCGCGCCGAAGGCACCGAUCGACCACUUCUUGUGCUGGAGGACGAUGCGGCACCCACUCCGGAGUUCUGUGACCUCCUAGACAAGGCACUGGGUGCGCUCCCGGAAGAUGCGCAUCUUCUUUACCUCGGUUACUCUCAGGCCGCAGACUGGCGCCGGGAGGUCUCGGCGGAGCUGGUGGAGUCGCUCUACGUGUGGACGACUGUUGCAUACAUUGUUUGGCCUGCAGGUGCCAAGAUUCUGCUAUCAAAGCUGCCCGUGAAUGAGCCCGUCGACAACUGGAUGGCGGGCCUCUGCGCCAGCGAUGACAUCAAGGCAUAUUGUGUCCGCCCGAAGAUCGUGCUACAAGCAGACGCUUGGAAUGUGAACUCCGAUGUGGCCCAUUCGGACGAGCAUUACUGGGGACCAAACUCUGACAUUCAGCACUCGGAUGUGCUUUACUGGGGCCCGGGACACCCUGAAGCUGGAGGAGAUCCGGCAGGUGGCCUGCUCUGGGAUCUCGACUCGGAGGAUUCCGAGGACGAGUGA